UGCUCCUCCUGCUCCACGCGGCGUUGAUCCUGUUCGUGACCCACGCGCCGGGAAGCUGCAUGUUCACGUCAAAUCACUGGGGCGAAUGGAACGACUCGCAACUUCUACCAACGAUUCAAAAGCUCAUGAAAGGAUAUAACCGCUACCUCAGGCCCAAUUUCAACGCGGGGCCUGUGGAGAUUGGAAUGAGCCUGGAUAUCGCUAGUAUCGAUGCCAUCUCUGAAAUCAAUAUGGACUACACAGCCACAAUCUUUCUCCGUCAGAGGUGGCGCGAUUCCCGGUUGAUAUUCCCAGGAAAUGAGAGCGUGAGCGUGGACGGCCGGCUGGUAUCGCUCCUGUGGAUUCCUGAUACUUUUAUCCCAGAUUCCAAGCGCUCCUUCCUACACGAUGUGACAGUGGAGAACCGGCUCAUCCGGAUCUUCAGCAACGGAACGGUUCUCUACGCUUUACGGAUCACGGCAACCAUCGCCUGCAACAUGGACCUCACCAAGUACCCCAUGGACCGCCAAGAGUGCACGCUGCAACUGGAGAGCUGGGGCUACAACUUGCAAGACGUUGUGUUUUACUGGACCCGAGGGAACGAUUCUGUCCGAGGCCUGGACACUCUGCGGCUCGCUCAGUACAGCGUGGAGAGCUACUACACCACAGUGGCGGAGGCGGUGUAUGAGACAGGACACUACCCAAAGCUGGUGCUGCACUUUGCCCUCCGCAGAAACGUCCUGUUCUUCAUCUUAGAGACGUACGUUCCCUCCAUCCUCCUGGUGGUGCUGUCCUGGGUGUCCUUUUGGAUCAGCCAGUCCUCCGUCCCCGCCCGCACAUGCAUCGGGGUGACCACCGUCUUGACCAUGACGACUCUGAUGAUGGGGGCGCGCACGUCUCUGCCCAACGCCAACUGUUUCAUCAAAGCCAUCGACGUUUACCUGGGCAUCUGCUUCACCUUCAUCUUCGGCGCUCUGCUGGAGUACGCCUGUGCACACUUCUACACCAUGCAGCACCAGACCAUCGAGGAAAUACACAGGGAGAUUUUGCGGGAGUUACACGAGUCCAAAGGAAACGGCGCCAUCCCGAUCGUCAGCUCCACCCGGCCCGAGGUGGGGCCCUCCGCGCGGGACGAGCCCCCCACGGAGCAGUCGCCCACCCAGGAAGUGGUCAUGAACGGGGAGGCCAAAGAGAGCUCCAAGGGCCAGGGCUGCGGACUGUCCACGGUGAAGCACGCCUCCCGCCGAGCCGCCGCCGUGUUCGUGGUGGAAAAUCCUCAUAAUAUCGACCGACACGCACGCACUUUGUUCCCCACGGCGUUUUUCUUCGUGAAUAUCCUGUACUGGCUUUACUAUCUCUGCCUCUAAGUGCAAUGAAAGAAGAUGCUGCCUCAGUGA